ACUUUAACGUGGAGUAAAAUCCUCUUUUUUAAGACUCGUACAAAAGUGGCUUUUGAGCGCUCCCAUAAAGUUUGUGGUCACCAAGCAGGAAUGUGGCGCUGCUGAUGUUCAACAAAGAGUUAAACGGCACAUGUAAUUCAGAGCAGCACAGACAUGUGAUGCUAAUUCCCCCCUGAAAGGAGAAUUAUCUGUAGAUGCUCGGUGUCACGCUGCACACAUCACAAACUCCUCAAACACACCCUCUGGUUUAGAAUGUCUUUGUAGCUCUUCCUUUUUGUUCAAAUUGAUAUUUGGACACAACUAAUGAAAGAAGCAUAUUUAGUUUCUAAAACGUUGAUCAAAUGGAUUUUGUGUAAAAUUAUUAAAGUCAGUGUUCGGCUAAUAACAAAAGACAAGGGAUGAAGAAAAAUGAAGAGGCAGUUGAGGAUCUGAUGGAGACAAAAAAACAAAUUGAGAAAUAUUUUAACUUACCAAGCUGACUUAUUUGCACGUAACAUGAAAUGACUCGACAUUUACAAACAUUAUUAAAGGUUUAUGUCUAAUUCUUCUUGUUGGGGACAUUCUCAAGGCGGGGUUACAGGGAGGGAGACAUCGAAGCCUCCUGCCCCUGUGUGUUGCAUACACUGUGUGUGAGUAUGCUGUCUGGGUUGGAAGUCUCAUGACUUCUGGAGAAGCAUUUAAGGCAGUCAGGGAAGGUGUGGCCUGAUAGAACUGAGAAAAAUCUGCUCAAUCUGACGACCCCAAUCCUCCUAACGCGCUGAACAAUGUCAAUCCCUCAAACGUCAGUCGUGGCUGUUAGGCCUUUAGGAGCCAAUCCAGUCCAGAUAGCUUGUCCAAAGUGCCAUCGAACAGUCCUAUCCAAGGUGGACCACUCUGCUGGUCUACUCACCUACCUUCUCUGUGGGGGACUCUUCUUUUGCGGGUUUGUUUUGGGGUGCUGCCUCAUCCCCUUCUGUGUGGACCGUGUGAAAGAUGCCAAACACUCCUGCCCCUCCUGCAAAACUAUCCUCGGAGUUUAUAAACGUUUAUAGAUUUAGCCAUUUAGCAACUAAUUAACCAUUUAUUCAUUAGGUGAUCUUAUUACAAGUUUUCCCUAUAAUUUGUUUCUGUUCUCCAACAGUUUGCCCAUUUUUAAGAGCAAUUUUUCUGUUCAUGUUUGUUUCAUCUACCUUUUAUUAAAUGUUUUUUAAAGGCCAGUCGGUAACGCUUUAUAAUAAGAAUCCUUAAUAAACUAUUUACAAGACAUUAACAAGCACUAGUAAUGGUUUAGUAAGCUGCUUAUAAGUACAUUAAUUAGUAUUUGUAAAGGUCUUACAACUGACUUACAAGUUAAUAAUAAUAAUAAAUUUUAUUUAGAAUGCGCUUUAUAUUUUUGGGUAAAAUCUCAAAGCGCUGUUUAUAAAUACAUUAAAAUAUUUCUUAAUAAACUACUUAUAAGACAUUAACAAGCUGCUUAUAAAGACUUUUAUUAGCAUUUGUUAAUCCUAUUCACAAGCUAUUUAUAAAUUGCUUGUAUGGGAUUAAUAAAUAUAUUUACAGUGUUCUUAUUAACAGUUUAUUGAGUGUUUUGCAGCCCCCCAAUCUAAAGUGUGACCAUAUAUGGGGUGAUCUCACACACACCCGCUCCCGUGAACACAUCACCCCCGUCCUUCAGAACCUUCACUGGCUCCCCAUCGAUCAGCGUAUCAAAUUCAAAGUUCUCCUCAUCACUUUCAAAGCCCUUCAUAACCUGGCCCCAACAUACCUCACCGAUCUCCUCCAGCGUCACACCCCUUCCCGCUCUCUGCGCUCGUCCGAUGCUAACCUUCUGUCUCUCCCCUGUCUGACCAAGCGUCGAAAUUGGGGAGACAGAGCCUUCUCCAUUGCUGCUCCAACCCUAUGGAACACUCUGCCCCAACAUCUCAGAGGCUGCACUGACCUCCCAGUUUCAAAAAAAUCACUUAAAACCCAUCUUUUUAAAAUAGCUUUUAAUCUUAAAUCUGUCUUCUAUGUUUUUAUUAGUAUUCCUUUUGUAUUAGCUCUUGUUCUUAUUGACUGUUUCUCACGUGUUGUAAAGCGUCUUUGUGUGCCAUUUAUAGCGCUAUACAAAUAAAAUUUAUUAUUAUUAUCUUUACAAGUCAUUUAUAAAUUGCUAGUGGACAGUUGCUGCCCCUUGGAAAGGGCAGAUUCUGAGUGGAAACAUUUUGAAGUCUAUUAAAAUUUGUUUAGUUAGAAAUGUUAUAGGGCACUAAGGCCCAAUCUGUAAAGGACAGUACAUGUGUCUCUUCUUUCACAUUGUUGUUGUGAUGUAUUGAAGAGUUGUAAUAUGUUUGUGGCUUUAGUUAGUGUUAUAAAGGUCAUUGUUCUUAUUCUGUACUUUGUGGCCCACAGUUUAGAAGGCUGCAAAACACUCAAACUGUCAAUGAAGGUUCUCGUUCAUCCAAGUGGUGUAGUAUUGAGGUUCAGUCAUAUCAGCUGGACUUAAAAAAAUGUGAGUCCAGCUGGACAUGGGAACUGUUAAUGUAUUUAUUAAUCCUA